AUGGGCUCCAUCCCAUUUUGCACCUUCCUUUACUGCUUUAUUAGCAUAGCAGCAGCCAGUAUAUUUGAGUAUCAGACAGAUUCCCAACCAUUACGUCCAUGCGAACUUCAGAGGGAAAAGGCUUUUUCAGGAGGAGAAACCUACGUUCCUCAGUGCUCAGAAGAUGGCCAGUUCAGGACAGUACAGUGCAGUAGGAAUGGUCUUUCCUGUUGGUGUGUGGAUGAGAAUGGCAUUGAGGUACCUGGCAGCAAACAGAAUGGAUAUCCCAUAUCUUGCUUAUCCUUUUGCCAACUGCAAAAGCAGAGGAUCUUGGUGAGUCAAUACAUCAACAGCAGUAGUACCUCCUACAUCCCUCAGUGCCUGGAUUCAGGGGCUUUUGAUGAAGUGCAGUGUGACACAGAGCUGGGUCAGUGCUGGUGUGUAGAUCCGGAAGGAAUGGAGAUUUAUGGCACCAGGCAGAGAGGAAAGCCAACACGGUGUCCAGGGAACUGUGAGAUCCGAGACCGUCGUAUUCUGCAUGGGUUUGGGGAGAAGAGCCCACCACAGUGCUCAGCAGAUGGAGAGUUUCUGCCUGUCCAGUGCAAGUUUGUCAACACAACGGACAUGAUGUUUCUUGAUCUCGUUCAUAGUUAUAACAGGCUCCCAAGGGCUUUCCAAACGUUCAGCUCCUUGCGGCAGAUGUUCCCGGAGGUCUCUGGGUACUGCUACUGUGCAGACAGCCUGGGGAGAGAGCUAGCAGACACUGGCUUGGAACUGCUGCUUGAUGAAGUUUACGACACAGUUUUCUCUGUGCUGGAGCCUGCCCGCAUGUUCACAGAGACCAGCAUAUAUCGGAUCCUGCAGAGGCGAUUUCUGGGGGUUCAGCUAGCUACUUCUGGCAAGUUCAGAUGCCCCUCGAGGUGUGAGGCUGAGCGGUACACAGCCCUGCGUUACCAGCAUGCCUACGUGCCGUCUUGUGAUGCUGACGGGGGCUACGCACCAGUGCAGUGUCAGCAGGGACAGUGCUGGUGUGUAGACACCAAAGGGCAAGAGGUGCUGGGCACAAAGAGGCGAGGACAACCCCCGGCCUGCGGUGAAGAACAAGUGUGCAUCUCGGAGAGACGACGGGCCUUGGUGAGGAUAUUUUAUGGCCCUGCUGGGUACUUCAGUCAGCCCAAUUUGUUUUCCACACCAAAUAUGCAGUCAGUAAAAAUAGCUGGCUUCUCAAGACCCUGCCCUCCCUCCUUCAAGGAGCUGUUUCUGGACUCUGGAUUGUCAUCCCCAGUUGCACAAAGCCAGAUUCCUGGGCUAGAAACCACCCUUACUGAAGCCAUCACGGCAAUGUUCCCAUCAAGGGAACUGGCUCAAGUGGCACUGCAAUUCACUGCCAAUCCAAAGCGUUUCCAAGAAAAUCUCUUUGGAGGAAAGUUCUUGAAGAAUUUGAUCCAGUUUAACUUCACAGGGGCACUUGGCACUAAUGGGAAAUACAGCAUUGGCCAAUUUUUCCCACAGGAGGAUAUGGCAGAGAGGGAUAAUGGCCCAGGCCUUCUGCAAUCAGCUGAGGCAUUUUCACUGGAGGUAUCAAAGGGGAGCUCCAUUUUGAGUAAAACUCUUGUAGGCAGCUUUGGCCGCACUGUAACUCUACAGGACAAUCAGAAUAUGAUGAAAUUCCUUUCCUCUGUUCUGGAACUACCAGAGUUCUUUACUUUUCUUCAACAAGUGAUUUCUGUCCCCAAAAGCAUUGCUGAAGAUUUAGGUGAAGUGGUGAAACUAGCAUUGGGAUCUGAAGGCUGUGGUGAGGAGCCAAGGGACCUGUUUGUUCCAACAUGCACCAAGGAGGGGAGAUAUGAGGAAGUUCAGUGCUAUGCAGGAGAGUGCUGGUGUUUGGACACUUCAGGUAAGGAAGUUCCAGGCUCAAGAUUUCAAGGCAAACGUCCAAGGUGUCCCACUGAUUGUGAGAAGCAAAGGAGAAACCUGCAAAACUUGAAGCAAAGCCUGCCUGCGGGAUCAGAUCUUUUUAUUCCCUCUUGUACCGAGGAUGGAGACUUUCUGCCACUCCAGUGUUAUGGGGCGAAUUGCUUCUGCGUUGAUUUGAAUGGCAAGACUAUUCCAGGAAUAAGGGGAAAAGCUGGAAAGGCAAUGCAAUGCCCAAGUGCUUGCCAAGUAACAGCUGGUGAAGAGUUUCUAAAGGCUGUGAAACUCCUGUUGUCAGACCCAAGUGCUCUGUCUCAGCUCUCCACCGUUUACCUCCCGCAGUGUGAUACUGACGGUGCCUGGAAGCAGGUACAGUGCAGCGGCCCUCCUGAACAAGCCUUUGACUGGUACGAAAGGUGGAUUGCAGAGAACAAUGAAGGCCAAACCCUACCCAUUGCUAAUCUAUUGAGCAUCAUAACUGGAUAUAAAGAGGCAUCUUCCAAAGGCUUUUCAGCUUUUGUUGAAGCUUUGUAUGAGGCUGGGCACCAGAAUGUCUUCCCAGCAUUUACCACGUAUUCCUCCUUCACUGAUCUCCCACCUGAAGUGCUAGAAGGAAACUUGACCUAUGCAUCUGAGAACAUUUUACUGGACCCAUAUAUAUUCUGGCAGCUUCUGAAUGAGCAGCUGACCUAUUACCCAGGACCCUAUACUGAUUUCAGUGCCCCAUUAAGCCACUUUGAACUUCGUGAUUGUUGGUGUGUUAAUAGCAAAGGAGAAGAGCUGCAAGGAACAAAGGCAGAAGUGAACCAGGUCCCAGAAUGUCCCGGUAUAUGUGAAACUGUUAAGCAGGAAGCCAUGAAAUUUAUGGAGGAGGCAGAGCAGCUCAUCCUUGCAUCAAAUCGUUCCCACUUCGCUUUUGGAGAGAGCUUCUUGAUGGCAAAGGGAAUUCAGCUCUCGGACAAUGACCUCCUACGUUCUGCUCAGCCCUACGAGUCAGAGGUGGUGGUCUCCGAAAAGCUGUUAUCAGGCAGUGACUAUGCUCUCCAGCUGGCUGCAUGGUCAGUCUUGCAUUUCUACUGGCGGAGUCACUUUACUUCAAAACUUUCUGCUGGGGAAGCAAUGCAGCUGGGAUUUCUCCCUUACAUCCCACAAUGUGAUGGCCUGGGAAACUGGGAGCCAACUCAGUGCUAUGAGAGCACAGGUCAUUGCUGGUGUGUGGAUGAGAGAGGACGUUAUGUCAUGGAUUCCUUGGUCUCACGCUCAGCAGAACUUCCCAAAUGCCAGACAUCAUGUCAGCGAUCUCGAACUAAUGCCUUAAUUUCCAGCUGGUUCAUCCCCCACUGCCUUGAGACAGGAGAAUACGCUGUGCUACAGAGAUCUGACACAGAUAUUUGGUGUGUAGAUCCUGUGUCAGGAGAAGUAUUUCAGCGUGGCAGGAAAGAUUUGGAUGGCAAUCCUGAGUGUCCUAGUUUCUGUAAUAUGCUGAAGUCUAAAACUGGUUUACGAGAAGCUGGCAAAGGCUACAUCCCCCAAUGUGAAGGGGACAACAGGACUUUCUUGCCCGUGCAGUGCAGCCAGGAUCAGGAGAGCUGCUGGUGCGUCUUUGACAAUGGAGAAGAGGUGCCAGGAACACGAGUAAGCGGAGGAAGACCUGCAUGUGCAAGUCCGCAGUGUGCUCUGCCGUUCGAUGCAUCAUCUGUUCUCAAUGGAGCUGUAUUUUGUGAAAACAUUUCUGGGCAAGCUUCAGGCAUUCAGCAGUGCUGGCUGGCGUGUCGCCAGGGCUUCCACAGUGCCUCUUCCACCACGUCGUUUCAGUGUGAUGUGCAACAGCAUCGAUGGGUCUCGGCUGCCCCGCUCUACCAGGCCUGCCAGAAGCUCCAGUUGUUUCAGACAGUUCAAGCUCAAACACACUUUCAACUACUACUGCCUCCUGAGAAGACUUGUAGUUCUGACUACUCUGGAUUACUCCAGGCAUUCCAAAUAUUUAUUUUAGAUGAGUUGAAGGCUCGUGGUUUGUGUCACCUCCAGGUAAAUGCAUUUGGAAAUACUGGCUCAGUUUCUGUCUGUGAUGAUUCCACUGUCUUUGUCGAAUGCCUGAGUGCGGACCGCCUGGGGGUGAAUGUCACAUGGAGGACUCAGCUGGAAAACAUCCCGGCAACUUCUCUCCCUGAUUUACAUGAUAUUGAAAAUGCAAUUGUUGGAGAAAAUCUCAUUGGAGCAUUUAUAAAAGAGAUUAAGGAUGGUCGUUUUCUGCUACAUUUGGACUCCAAGCAAUUCCUAGCAGAUUCUUUCAUUGAUUUUCCCCGGGAUGAAGAGUUUGAUCUGUCUCCGAGUGUGCAGCUAGGAUGUAAAAGCGGGUUUCGAAGAACUUCAUCUCCUGGAAAAGCAGUCCCAAAUUCACAAGGAUGUGUUGUUUGUCCUCCGGGCAGUCAUUUCCAGGAUGGUGAAUGCAUUCCCUGCCCUCUUGGCUACUAUCAGUAUCAGACAGGACGUUCCUCCUGUAUCAAGUGUCCUGUGGGCAAAACUACCAACUCCUAUGGGGCAAUCAGUGCUGAUCACUGUAUCACAUACUGUCAAAGCAAUGAGCAGGGUCUGCAGUGUGGUGAAGAUGGCCAGUAUAGACCUUCCCAGCAAGACCCUGACACUAAGAAAUCCUUCUGUGUCGAUAGCUUUGGAGCAGCACUAGACUGGACUGAAACAGAUAAUGUCCUCACAGACUACCAGUGCCUGGUUCAUGAACAGUGCUGCUUGUCGGACAUCCUUACACUCAGGUGCAGUGGACCAAUUCAGAGAGAGCAGAUAAAAGGGUUUGGCUCAGGUGCAGUGGGUCCAAUUCAGAGAGAGCAGAUAAAAGGGUUUGUGCUCAGAAAAUUUGAGAGAGUUCCUGCCUCCAGACUGAUUUAUGGCUCAGAAGAAGCUCAUAUUCUUCAGUCUCAGUCAUCUGGAGGAGACCUGCAAAGUCCAGCUUUUCAGUGCAUUUCAGACUGUGAGAGGGAACAUGCAUGUGGUUUUGCGACUGUUACCCCUGCUGGUGCUGAAGUUCUCUGUGAGUUGUACAGUGCUGCUGAAGUCAACUUCAACUGCACCACCUCUGGAUUGGUGCAAGGUGUUUUGGGGAACCCCACUGCCAUGAGCAUCGACCGUCUCAGCUGCCUGCUUCAUGUCAGGAAUUCAGAGGGAGAAGCAGUGAUGGUCUAUUUGAAGAGAGGGCAGGAAUUUAACUCAUCUGGACUCAAGACCUUUGAAAGGACCAGUUUUCAGAAUGUGCUUUCUGGCGUGUAUCGCUCUGUGGUGCUCUCAGCAGCUAGUGCAUCGCUGACUGAUGCUCAGCUCUUCUGUCGGCAGACUUGCAGCAAGGACUCUUGCUGUGAUGGCUUCAUCUUGAGUCAGAUUGCGCUUGAUGGAGGUACCAUUUUGUGCAGUUUAAUGAGCUACCCAGAUGUACUGCUCUGCGAUGCAAAUGCCUGGAGUCAAACGCCAACAUCUGUCAUAGAUGGCAUAUGUAAAGGUGUGAGCUACGAUGAAAAAGAGAAGAUGUUUUCUUUCACCCUGGGAGGACAAGAGUUCAGUGGAACUUCUAAUUUGGUAGAAGAGGCAGAAAGAAAUUUUACUACCUUUCAGCAAAUUUACCUGUGGAGAGGCUCUGAUAUGGUCACCCGGACUAAAACCUCUUUGUGCGAUGUUACUGCUUUGAAAACCGAGAAUGAUCUAACAUUAUCAGAUUCCACAAAGGAUCUUUUCUACCUAAUGGACAACAGCCAGAUACAAAGCGACCAGAACUAUUCUCUCCCUUACCAGCAGUAUUGGAUCUUCAGGCAGAAGUACUCAGCAGAGGAAGCGGUGCUUUGGUGUCUCACAC